UCUCAGUUGGCCGCGAUUCAUCGCCGGGUAUGUAUGUCCCGGACGUGGCACGACAGCAGCAGCAGCAGGUCGAGGAAGCGCGAGAGGGUGGACUCCGGGUCGCGCUCCCAUCGCGACCCUCGUUCGCCACCACCUCCGCCUACUCUUACCGCGGCGUUUCGCCGCGUCGCGUCCCGAGGGAGGGUUAAUAACGUUCGCUGCGGACGAUUUUUCUCCCCUUCGCUUCGGCCGCGGAAGGUUGGAGUAAAGGCGUGCGAGGCCGACGCGAGUGCGACGUAAGUGAUAUAUAUGUAGAUACACAUAGGAGGUGCGCGACGAGGAAACGCGGGUAUCCUCUUCUGGUUGAACAUGGAUGCUGCGGUAGCAUCUUAGAAUCUCGUCGUAAAUCGCGAUUAAUUAAUUUAAAAAAAAAAUCCAGACACUUUUCCCGCUUUACGUCCCUUUGGUGAUUCGACGUGAUUUUCGCCUGUCAUCGGCGGGACACGUCGUCGCGAAAUUAUGCCCGGGUGGAGGAAAUGAAAACGUCUCCGGAAGCGGCAGCGUCGAAUAAUCGAUCGCCGCACACAUCAUGAUAAUUGCCGAAGUCGAUGCGACGCGAGCUUGCACUCUGCCAUUUUUUUUUUUUUUUUGAUGAUUUUAACGUCGUCUGACAGCUCGCAAAAUCCAACCACUUAUUCUCUCCCUGCGUUCCUGAAUUUGAGUCACGAGGACAUUAAGGAAUCUCCGCGCUCGAUUAAAUCCUACGAAAGGAGGAAGAGUGUUUUGAGAAUGCGCCUCGAAGAAACGCGAAAUUAUACUCUCGAUAUAUGCGCGGCAAUUAACGCUUCGAGGGAAUUUCUUAGAUUACACGACCCGGGAAUCCGGUUAAUCGGCCAUUUACAUUCGCGAGGGAGAAUACGAGAAGUAAAUGAAAUUGCGAAAUCAAUUGCACGUGAAAUUUCUAUCCGGAGAAAUCGGGAUUAAAUGGCUAACAGCUGAUCGAUUAACCAUUAAGCGAAUGCUUAAUGAUUGAUUGAUUGUCCUCCUUUAGCUCUCUUCUCCUCUCGUAGGAACGAACAUAAUUAAGAAGAAAUAUCGUGUAAAAAAUAUAAAAUUUGCAUAAAAGAGUAACUGUCAAAUCUCAUUACGAUAAGAAUUACUUACGUCACACUAACACACUAAUCUAUAUAUAGUGCCUCUCGGAGAGAAAAUAUUCUCGAAAUCUUUCUCGCGUCUUAAGGACAGGAUUUAAAGUCAUCGCCUAUGUACAUCCGGCUCUCUCAAAUCGGAUCUUUAAAAAUCUCUUUUCGCGUCUCUACACACAAUAUAUAUAUAUAUAUUCCAGAAUUACGUAAUAAAUAUUUCAUCUCCCAAUCGAAAUUGAAAAAAAAAGCUUAUACAUUUGUGCGACAAGAAAAUUCUUUCGAUAAAAUAUUUAUCUCCCUGAAACUUCCUGCGCACGCGAACCCCCCAGGUGUAGAAAGGGAGGGAGCAAAACGGUCCAUUGCAUCACAAUACGGUGCACUCGCGUCGCUGCGGACGGCUUCGGCGAUUACACGCGAACACAAUUGCGUAUACGAAGGUAGGAACGAGGUGACUCGCGAGGCUAACAAACUCGAGUCCUCCGGACGACGUUUGAUCCCCGGCCGAUAAUGGAUGGAGAUGGGCGAGCGAGCGUCGAGGACGAGCGCCGAGUAAGACGGCUUUGCAUAAUCCGCCGGUCCGCCGCCUCGUCGAGAGUAGAACCCGAAGAAGAAGAGACGGCGAAACGCGGCGCAAGGCCGAGAACCGGGUUUUUACGAGGACCGACCGCUGUUGAGCGAAGGUAGAGAAGAAAACGACGACGAGGAAGAGAGUGAAGAAGGCGAAUCCCGUCUGGCAUCGAGAGGCGAUAUAGGAUAGAUUCUCUGGUCCUCGAGGAUUUUUCGCCGAGAAGGGUAUCUUGCGUCGCGUGAUGCGGAAUAACCCUCGGCGGGAGAGAAGGCGCAUCUCCUCGGCGUCGAAAGCGGAGCAAGGUGGUGCAAGCGAGCCGGAGGAGGCACGAGAUAUAGAGUUGGAGAAAACGUACGAGCCAGACGCAUAGGAAACAAUCGCGCGGGCGCGAGCAAAAGCGACAAUAAUGACGGCGCUAGAGAUAAGUGCGAAACCCCGACAAUAAAUAUGUAAGACUGAUAUCGCCCGUGGAAAGAAAGAAAAAGGAUAAACACUGCCCACUGUAGGAAGGAGAAGUAACAAGGAGCACGUUUCGCGCCGCAAUAUAGCACUCGUCGUAUAUAUCUUCCCGCGAAGAGAUCACUUCGUGGAUACUUCCUCUCGCGAGUAUCGAUAGUGGCUUCGAAGUACGUUCGAAGAGAGAAGAAAAGCAUGGAAAUCGCGAGCGCCGACUCUGCCAGCAUCUUCGAGAGCAUCACGUCGAGUCGCGCGAGUUCCUGAGGCGAGAGGAAAGAAAAAAGCCGGCGAAGAAACGUAAAGAGAUGUCACUGAAUCACAGAUAUUAUGUAACAACGAUACCGGACGAGGGCGAGGAUAAUUUCAAAAUGCCCAGGGCUUCCGUGGUACACAUGGCAUCGACGGCGACGAGACCGCAGCACAUGUCACAGGUUCUGGCGACUCUGGCAUUAUCUAUGGGAACUCUUUCCUCCGGUUUGGCCAAGGGUUAUACCUCGCCAGCGUUGGAUUCAAUUUUGGAUAAUCAGCGACCGCAUCUUUAUCAAUCGUCCAACAAUGACACGUGGGCGGCUUUCUCGGUUACGCAACAAGAAGCUUCGUGGGUCGCGUCGCUGUCGAUGCUGGGCGCGUGGUUCGGCGCUAUGAUAGGCGACUGGAUAAUGCGACGAGGUCGACGGUUGGCUCUACGUGCUACAUCUCUGCCCUUAGCGGCGGCCUGGAUCUUGACAGGCGUCGCGCCGUGCGUGGAAUUGGUCUACGUCACCAGUUUCAUCGGCGGUCUUUGCUGCUCGGUUAUCACUAUGGUAGCUCAGGUGUACAUAUCGGAAAUCUCGAUGCCGGGCAUUCGUGGCUGUUUGUCGGCAAUGUUGAAGGUCCUGGGUCACGUCGGUGUCCUGCUGUCGUACAUAGCCGGUACAUAUCUGAAUUGGCGGCAAAGCGCGCUACUGGUCGCCGUCGCGCCGUCGAUGCUCUUUUUGGGGACCCUCUUUAUACCCGAGACACCGUCGUACCUCGUACUCAACGGCAAAGACGACGAGGCGGCGCACAGUUUGCAAUGGCUGCGCGGAGAACACGUCGACAUACGACACGAGCUGCAGGUCAUAAAAACCAACAUUCUGGCUUCGAGGGCAAAGCAGUACGAGCUGAGUUUCAAGAACAGCGUGUUUACGCCGAGGCUGUACAAACCCAUCGCUAUCACGUGCGGCCUGAUGUUCUUCCAGCGAUUCUCCGGCGCGAAUGCGUUUAAUUACUACGCGGUACUCAUCUUUCGUCAGACUCUGGGCGGGAUGAAUCCUCACGGAGCGACCAUAGCAAUCGGAUUUGUGCAGCUCUUAGCCGCUUUACUGUCAGGAUUCUUAAUCGACAUCGUCGGCAGGCUGCCGCUUCUGAUAGCCAGCACCGUCUUCAUGUCUCUGGCGCUCGCCGGCUUCGGCAGUUACGCGUAUUACGUGUCGAAAACACCGAAUUUGGGAUACGUGGACUCGGCCGUGGUCGGCCAACACGACUGGAUACCGUUGCUCUGCGUACUCGUAUUUACGACCGCCCUUGCCCUGGGCAUAUCGCCAAUUUCUUGGCUAUUGAUUGGCGAACUAUUUCCUCUGGAGUACCGCGGUCUCGGCUCCAGCAUUAGCACGAGUUUCAGCUACUUUUGCGCGUUUUUCGGCAUUAAGCUCUUCAUGGACUUUCAGCAGAGUCUCGGUCUACACGGAGCUUUCUGGUUUUACGCCGGCGUGGCAAUCUGCGGAUUAUGCUUCGUGGUCUGCUGCGUACCGGAGACGAAGGGUAAACAGCUGGACGAGAUGAACCCGGAUUACGCGCAAGCCCGGUAGUAUAAGGCCUCACUGACGGGGGGCCUCUCGAAUCUGGAGAAGGCGAACAAGCCUUUACCGGGAGGCGCUUAUCCGAACGAGCACGAUCCGCGGGAUCUCUACCGCGGCGGAAGUCGCGAUCGGCCGGCGCUCGCGACUUCCGCCAGCGUCGCGAUGCCGUCCGCGCGUGCCGCGCAUCGCAAGCUCUCGGAUUACUGCGGCAUCUUCGCCGAGAAGACCAACAGGAUCGGCAGAAACGUGGGCAGCUUCAUGCAAUCGCGGGGCCUCUUGCCGAUUCGACGUUCGGUCGACGAGACGACGGCGGCGACGCGUCACGACGUUCCCGUCAACGGCGACGUGAUCAGAAACGACCCUCCGAUCAUCCUGGAAAUCGAAGCGAGGGAGAACCGUCGUCGGUGCGACGAGAAUCGCGAUUACGAGCGAGCACAUGUGAGCGCGCCGAAGAAACACGUGGCCUACAACAGCCCGAACAGCACUUAUCCGCGAAAUGGACGGAGCAACGCGAGCUACGUUCAUCGCGCUAACGAAACGGAACCUCGUCGCUCCAGGAGGCGCGAGUACGCGGAGGCGGAUUACGACGCGAUAAACGAGGCCUGGGGACGAAUGGGAGGUCCGAGUAUCUCCAAGCCGAUUCUGCGAAACGGCAUCAAUCAUAGCAGAGACGAGAGGCCGUAUUACUCGACCAUGCCACGACGCAGCAGGACCAUCAACUUCAAGGAUCAAGCAUGCGACUCCCGGAGGGACGACGACGCGCGUAUCCGAAGAGCUUGCAGGAUUUAACGGAUUUGGAACUCGACGACAUUAUGGGAUAUUUCCCGUCUUCUUCUUCUUCUUCCCGCGGUGGGCGACGAGAGGGCAAACUCGAAGAUGAUUAUCGUCGACGCAUUCGGGAUCAUCGAGAAGAGGACGAGUUUUUCUUCGACGACGAUUAUCUCAAACUCUGCCGGAACCUAUCGAGAUUGGACGAGUAUCCGCAAGGCGGUAGAUACCAGCCAGGUCAGGUGCAUUACGAGAGAGAAUGUAGAACUUUCGGCAAAGACACGGUCGCCUUCAUCUACUACAAGACGUGCUACUUAUGAUCAAGAGAGAAACGCGAUGCAAAUCGGGAGCGAUCGGGAGCUCUCUCGGCGAUAGACCGUCCAACGAUACGCACGGUUCACGAUCUCACGCAGAAAUCCAAAUGGUCAGUCGGAUACGUGUUUAACGAAUGGCGAAUGCAGCUUUCAUUCGAGAAAUCGGGUUGGAUUUUUGUGAAACGGAAUAAGUUAGCAAAUCUAUCGGCAGUAGACAAAAAUUCCCUUCCUCGUCAGAUUCAUAUCUUCUUGACGAUAACAUAUCUUUCAAUCAUGGUAUAAAACAAUGCUCGUGGAUAAAAAAAACAAAAAUAUAGAAAGAGAGAGAAAAAUGAUCGAGUAACCGAGUCACAAAUUGCCUUCGUGUCUGGCUUUAAUAAUUAAAUCAUUUCUCGACUGAUAAUAAAGUUAUAUCAUCGAGCUUUAUAUAUAUACACACAUAUAUAUAUCGUUGCUCCUAUAUAACUUCUCUAAAAAAAGCGUAAAAUCUCUUUAGAAAAUAUCCUAAAUAAGUUAAUCUUUGAUUUUUUACGCGCUAUAAAUUGUUGUUCAAAAAUAUCUUACUUAGCAUUUUAUCUUCUCGAAAUAUUCUUAAUUAAUGGCAAUUUUAAGAAAUAAUAUUUAAAGACGGCAUCAAAAAAUAUUUGUGCAGACUAGCGUUAGAUUAAUCACAUAAAAUCGCGUGCUUUAUAUUUGUUUUGUAUUAUAUUAGUUUGUAGAGAAGUCAUCGUUUUUUUCGUCAGUAAAAAUGUUAUAUUGUUUGUUAAUAAGUUUCGCAAAUAUUCGAAGCUCAUUCAAGUCAAGAAGUAACAUUUUCAUACUUCUAAUGAAAACACGAUAUAAUAUGUUACGCGAAGAGAAAUGUGUAUAUAAUGUAUAUAACGCGAGUAAACGAUAUUAACGGAAUCUUUAGAAUAGGAUCAAUAGACUGCUCGUAGACUGCCAAGCUGAUCUUUUUGCAAAGUAGUCAGUAUGUAUUAUGAAUUUAUAAUAAUUUCCGCUACUACGUUUUCAAACUAUUAAUGGUGCUCGCACACACAAAUAUAUAUAUACAUGUAUGUAUUUUCCUUUCGAGAAAAUCGCGCGCGAUAAGCCUUGAAAGAAAAUUAUUAAAGAUAUUUAUAUAGCCGAACAUUAUGCUACAAUGUGUUAUCAAUCAAGAUGCAAUAGUAUAUUCUUGGUGAACAAAAACCAGAAAUAUAUAUCUUUCGCUAAAUCAAAUUAUCAGAGUAUUCCGGGGCCUCUUCGUAGCACAGGCGCCAAUGACUUAACUAUGACAAUAUCGAUUUGUAGAUACGUCUACAUAUAUAUUAUAUAUAUUAUAUUUCGUAUAAGAUGCGUAUAUUGCGU